CCUCCUCGUCGUGUCGGUCAGGGAAGCUACUGUCAGCUAGCUGCUCACAGUUCUGCCGGGGAAAGGUCGACAGUAGGACAGUAGCAUCCACUUCUAACCGUAAACCUUCACCUUAUCAAUUUAUACCUUACCAACUGAUAACAUUUAGCAGUUGUUCAAGACAGAAACCUUCGGAGUUCACUUUUCUUGGAAGCUAGCUUAUUUACUGUCUUCUUUCUUAGUCUGAAUUAGCGAUCAUGGCUGCGCUCAGAGCGUCCUACCACAGGAUUUUGGACAAAAUCGAGCAUAUGCUGCCUGCCAAACUGAGACCCCUGUACAACCACCCGGCAGGUCCAAAAACUGUUUUCUUCUGGGCUCCGAUGUUCAAAUGGGGUCUGGUGAUGGCUGGUUUGGCUGAUAUGACUCGACCGGCAGAUAAACUCAGCACCUCUCAGUCUGCGGUGCUGACAGCAACUGGUCUCAUCUGGUCCAGGUAUUCUCUGGUCAUAAUCCCUAAAAACUGGAACCUUUUUGCUGUGAACUUCUURGUUGGCAGCGCCGGAGCGUCGCAGCUUUACAGGAUCUGGAGGUAUGAGCAGGAUAAGAAGGCACAGGCUAAAGAAGUGACUGAGUCCUGAGGAUAAUCUAACCCCCUGCUGCAUCACUGCUGACUCAAAGGGAGACUUCAUCAUCAUCUUCAUCACAUCUACACCAUAACCAUAUUCCACCACAUUAAGCCUCAAAUCCCUGUAGGAAAUAUACACUUUAGGUUUCAGAUUUCCUCAGGGUGUAAACAAAAUGAGAAAAUGAAUUUUUUGUUGUUUUUACAGUAACUCAUAAGACUGACGUUUAUGAACGCACAAGUUUUCUGCUCCUAGUGUCUGAUUUAACAUUUUGAUUCAUACCUGCUGCACUAACGGGGAAGUUUUGUUUGUUUUUCUCAGUCAUCUUUUAUCCGUAGCAAUCAGAACCUCAGGCAAGUUUCCUUCAAACACUUUGAAUGUGGGUUAAGGAAUGUUGGUGUGAAUGAUUUCAUCAUUUAUCUUUAAUGCCACGUUUUAUAAAGUCCAACUGUACCUCGGCAGUCAUUAAAAUCAUUAAGUACCAUGUGACAAUUCCUUCCAUUUUAAGUUCUUUUAAUCUGAGAAUAAAUCCUGGUUUUAGACUUUGUUUAAAUUGUAGGAAAAUACUGUUGUAUUUUAACGGAUCAACGCAGCGAGUCGAUGAGCAAACACUGGUACUGACUUAACAGUUGUCAUUAACCCUGCUCUUUAAGGCCUUGUUUAGAAAAGUUUUACAUUUGUGUCAAAUUAUUUUUUAUUCUAAUUCAGAUGGUAUUUAUCUAGAAAUCCAUUUAUUUAGCAAUAAUUGUUGACUGUUUUGCUGUUUGAACAAGUGAAACUUGAUUUGAUCAUUACAUGUAUGAAUAGUGGCUAUAAAAUAAAUCUUGUCMAACAGGGCA